AUGUCCACACUACAACGUUCACGGUCACUUCGAAAACCUGCUUCUACCGCCACAACUACUGCCAAUGCUAAUGCGAACGCCCCAGACGGUUCACCGAGUCGCCUCCCUGUAAAGCCCUUGACUAGAAGUGCGACGACAUCUAGCAAUGCGAGAACAUUGAGAAAUGGAACAACCACAGGACUCUCCAGAGCGACGUCUGGUCGACAGCCUGCUAAACCAGUAACAUUCGAGCCUGCGAAGAGGGAAACUCGAUAUCCCCCUUCAACCACGACUACGAGACCUCGACCAGCGGUGAGACCGACCUCGGCAGAUGGCCCUACUCAAACAGCUAGAAAGGCACCUGCCCCUACGCAUACCCGCGCAAAGAGCACUGCUACUGGCUUGAGAAAUGCGCCAGUCUUGAGACCUCCUUCUUCUGGUUCCUCAGCUAGCAGCACCACUACCACAACAACGACCACUCGUCCUACUCGGUCGUCAACUACUUCUGCCAACGAGAAGCUCCCGGGCGCUGCACCACGCCUUCGACCGGCCUUCUCAACUCUCCAGCAACACUACUCACCGGCCAAGUCCUCUGCGCCUAAACCACUGACAUCAACAUUCCUCGCUCCGCCGUCGCCGUCCAAACUUCCGGCCAAUGUCGCUGCAUCCGCCGAGACAAGUCGGUUGCAAACCGAGCUUCUGCAACUCCAUCUUUUGCAUCGAGAUGCACCGACCGUUGAUGCUACCUGGAGGGCUAGUGCCCAACGCAAACUUGGGGAGCGAUUUUCAGAGCUUGCUAGCGCGAGUAAACAGAUUGAUGACCAGGAGAAGGCAGAGGUUGAGAAGGGGAACAUCCUGACAAUCCGUAAGUGGGCUGUUGGCGGUGGUCUGGAAGAGCGCAUACAAAUCCUAGAUGCAGCCAUAGCUGGUCUAUGGGCGCUGGAGGAACCCGGUGGCCGUUAUGCCAGGGUCGUAAGGCGAUUUGAAAGAUGGGUUGAUCGCAUGUGUGAAAUCGAAGAAGCGAGAAGUGCAGGCGGAGCUCUCAUCCAGGAGAACGACGUGCUAUUUAUUGGCGAACUUGAUUCUGCAUGGAAGGACGAAUGCGCUGGCUUGGUACGACGAUUGGAUACCAUAAAGCGACAACUCGAUCAAUUGGGGGAUUUUGCCCGUGAUGACCAAGAGGGAGAAACCAAAAAUCAAUCAAGUCUGCAUCGCAUGGUAGAAGGGUCAAGGGAGCUUGUGCAGGGCAUGCUGACUGAACUGGCUGUCAUGGACGAUAUUGAGCGGGAUGCACUUGCACGUGAAGACGAGUGGAUUGAUAAGAUGAACCGAGACGAUGGAAUGGAAGAUACCCCAAGAGCUGGAGCAGUUUGGAGAGCCGUGUAA